ACCCGUGCACGAAAUUGCCGAACCAAGCGGCAGGCCGAAGAAAUCUAUAAUAAAUUCGUGGGUGACUCGCAGCGUCCGGCCUCCGGGCUUUUAAACGGAAACAACGUUUUUUAAGCCAUCCCUUUCUCUCGCUAUGCUCCGGAGAGCGAUAUUGGCUCUGCGCAACGAUUCUCUCCUCCUCUUUUGCCCUCAGUGCUGCCCUCUUGGAUCCUCCAUCCGGCUCGCGAACCCUAGAAACGAGGAGAUCGGCCUUGAUUCCAGGCUUCCAGAUCCGAUUCCGGCGAUCGUUUUGGCUUGAUGUGUGGGGAGAUUCUAGGGUUCGGGGACGGGAGGUAGAGAGCGACGAUGGGGUCCGGCGGAGCAGCGGAGGCGUCUCCCUCAUUGUCGGAAGGCGUCGACCCGUUGAUCUCGGAACUUCAUAAGAAGCAUCGAUUGGAACUGGAAAAUUUAACAUUGAUCAUGCAGCCUUUUAGGACACUAAAAUUUUUCUUUUUUGCUACGGUGCAAAAUCUGAAAAAAUCACUUCUAUAUAUUCUGAGGAAAGGUGGUUGGUUUAAGGUGUUGAGUAUCCUGAUAGCAGCUUUUGCUCUUGUGCUCGUGGCUGUUGAUGGCUCUCAUGAAAAGCAUGUCCAGGAGUUUCUUUGCUAUGCCAGAUUUGGCUUGUGGUGGGUGGCGCUAGGUGUGGCAUCAUCUAUUGGACUAGGAUCUGGUUUACACACAUUUGUGCUGUACUUAGGCCCCCAUAUUGCCUUAUUUACAAUUAAAGCCACACAAUGUGGUAGAGUUGAUUUGAAAACUGCUCCGUAUGAUACCAUACAGCUGAAGAAAGGACCCUCAUGGCUCGAAAAGGAUUGCUUAGAAUUUGGGCCUCCAUUGUAUCCGUCAUCAACUAAUUCUCUAGUUAGGGUUCCAGUCAGCAGAAUACUUCACCAGGUUCAACUAGAAGCUGUUCUUUGGGGCAUUGGUACUGCGCUUGGGGAGCUUCCUCCUUAUUUUAUCUCAAGAGCAGCACGUUUGUCAGGAAGUAAAGUGGAAGCCAUGGAGGAACUAGAUGCUGCUUCCUCAAAAGAAGAUGGAUUUGUAUCUUCAUCUCUAAAGCAAAUUAAACGCUGGCUUGUUUCUCACUCGCAACAUCUCAACUUUUUUACAAUUUUAGUACUUGCUUCGGUGCCAAACCCGCUUUUUGAUCUUGCUGGUAUCAUGUGUGGACAAUUUGGAAUCCCAUUCUGGAAGUUCUUUCUUGCAACAUUGACUGGAAAGGCAAUCAUUAAGGCUCACAUACAGACAGUUUUUAUCAUCUCUGUAUGCAAUAACCAACUUUUAGAACUGGUGGAGAACAAGUUGAUUUGGAUUUUUGGUGAGGUUCCUGCAUUCUCUGUUAUGCUGCCUGACAUUAUUGCCAAAUUGCACGUGGUCAAGGAAAAAUUUUCCGUGCCUGUUCCAGCUCCAGACCCCUCAACUGUGAAGGGAAAGCAGUGGAAUCUUAGCUUUACGACAAUCUGGAAUGCUUUCAUAUGGCUAAUGCUCAUGAACUUCGCCGUUAAGAUAGUGCAAUCUACUGCUCAGAAAUAUUUGAAGAAACAACAAGAAUUAGAAUUGACUGACAAGUUAUCCAGAUCAACACAAUCGAGUGCUGAUUAAGACAGCAUCUCCCAGCACCUGUUUCGAGACUUUUAGUUUCUUCCAAACUGAUCAGCUACAGUGGAGGCUAUUUUACUCUAUUACUGAAGCUUGCCAUUGGUCUCACCAUAUUUUUGUGUAUGGAGAAUGACGAUAGAAAUAUUUAAGUUGGCAGAGGCAGGUUUAAUUUGCCUUCUUGGGGAGGAAAAUUUUACUGUGCAUUGCAUUGUGCCCUUUAUCAAUUGUUCAAAGAGAAUUAUUUUAUUACUCUUCAGGAAAUCCAAUAGAAGUAAUUUGCUCAUUUGCGAAA